CGCAUUUUAUAUUAGACUCGCCUUUUUUUCUGGGAUGACGCUUAAAGCGGGUCCGCGGUGGUUAAUGUUGCAGGGUUAGAAAUACUGACAUCCACGGCGUUUCUUAGUUACCAUGCAAAGCGAAAGCAGGUCUACUGGCAGAGAGGAAACCUUUCUGAGAGUGAGAGCCAAUAGGCAAACCAGACUUAAUGCUCGGAUUGGAAAAAUGAAACGAAGGAAGCAAGAUGACGGGCAGGUAUGUCCACUCUGCAGUCAACCGCUCUCUGGAUCGGAGGAGGAGAUGAGUAGACAUGUGGAACUGUGCCUUGCAAAGAGAGAAACUUGCAUGAAUGAGGAUGAUUCUGUAGAUAUUGAAAAUGAGAAUGGAAACCGAUUUGAGGAAUAUGAAUGGUGUGGACAGAAAAGGAUACGAGCCACAACACUUUUGGAAGGGGGGUUUCGUGGUUCUGGGUUUGUAAUGUGUGGCAGCAAAGAAAAUCAUGAUAGUGAUGCUGAUCUAGAUGUUGAUGGGGAUGACACUCUGGAAUACGGAAAGGCACAGUAUACAGAAGCAGACAUUAUUCCAUGCACAGGAGAGGAGCCUGGAGAAGCCAAAGAAAGAGAAGCUCUUCGGGGAGCAGUUUUAAAUGGCGGAACACCAAGCACCCGGAUAACAACAGAAUUCUCUAAAUGGGCCAGUGAUGAAAUGCCAUCAACAAGUAAUGGAGAGAGCAGUAAACAAGAAACAAUGCAGAAAACAUGCAAAAACAGUGACAUCGAAAAGAUCACAGAAGAAUCUGCAGUCACAACGUUUGAAGCACUAAAAGCACGUAUCCGUGAGUUAGAAAGACAGCUCUCCCGAGGGGACCGCUACAAAUGCCUCAUUUGCAUGGAUUCCUACACAAUGCCCCUGACAUCUAUUCAGUGCUGGCAUGUUCACUGUGAAGAAUGCUGGCUACGCACUCUGGGAGCUAAGAAGCUCUGCCCACAGUGUAAUACCAUCACAUCACCUGGCGACUUGAGACGUGUGUACUUGUGAAACAAAUGUGAAAAGGGACAAACAUUGCUCUGAUGUCGUGGCAGCUCCCUCACAUGUGAUUCGUGGCCCUUCUCUGUCCGUAGAACAUCUCUGUUUGGGAAACAGACUGAGAGAUUGGGGCUGCCUUGUGAGAAAGGAAGAAGCUAAAGAUACCAACCCUUUGAAAGCUAGGAGCAAAAGACCUUCCCUGGACUUGACUUCCCAGAUAGGGAGAAUUGAAGCAAGAUUAAACUCAUCCUGUGGCUUCCAGAUGCUCAGAAUGUCCUGUUAAAUCCAGAUAGUACUAAUGGGGGGAACUAAAUCAUUCCCUUACUGAUAUACACAGACACUUGUAUACAUUUUCUUUAUCUUCUGAUUAUCAGAGUUAAAUGAAUGAGUUUAAGGGGGAGCCAACAUUCAAUACCAGUCUGCUUUUGUUUACAUGUCCUUUCCUUGCUCCAUUCGUUUCACUACUUCAGCUGCCCAGGGUACACGUGAGAAGCCGGACACUGAGGCCUAGGAGGCCAGGAAAUAGAGUGACAGAGCGGACAAUACCUAGCUGCGUUUUAUUCUUUUUUUCCCUUCCUUGUUUCUUCAUGUGCUGUUUUUGUGAUUUUUCAACUGUGUAGAGAGGCAGGGAAAAGAAGAAAACUAAAAGAAAUGCGAAGCACAUGUAUUAUAAAUUAUAUGUUUACAAUGUUGUGUAUAAAUUGAAUAGACUCAAACCAUUAAGUAAUAUCUUCAUUUUGUGGGUGGGAGGGGUGAACUGAAUGGUUAUUUUUUUUCAGGGAAUUUUUGUUUCUGUUUAUCUAAUGGUUCUAAAAUGUUACCGUCUUAAUUUAUUCAUUUUAUCACAUGACAAAGAAAUGAAAGCAGGACAGCAGUUAACACAUAGGACUCGCACAGAUCUUGUCUUUUAUUGUUACUAAAAGGCUUUUUUGACAUCACCCUUCCAAAAUGUACAGAACAAUGGUCUUUGGGGCAAUUAGUUAACUCCUUCAAUGCUGGAGAGUGCUGCACAUCCAAUAAUACUGAGCAGUGUCAGAAUAUUGACCCAAGUGUUAAGGUACUGGAUGUCUUUAGCAUUAGAUUACACUCCCUACAGGCUCCUCAUAUCCACAACCCUGAUGUUCCUUUUGGCCCUUCUCACAGUCUUUUUCUGCCAUGUGGCUCCUCAUAUAAGAAAUAUGUUUUAUAGACAAAUUGUCAUUGUCCAGUUGUGGCUAGUCAGUACUCUAAAGCCUUCUUUCACAUCUGUAGACAUUCCUUUUCUUAUACUUGACAUAUUUACACCUAAUGCAAGUUCACAACAAAUUCAUUCCUGCUGAUUUUGUAGGAAAACAGAUUUAUUGUACUGUUGCCUUGUAGUGGGGUGGUACUUAACUGCCAAAUUUUAAAGCGCAGUAAACACUGGUCAAGGAAUUCAGCCAAAAUUAUUAAAUAGCACUUGUAAAUUUCUACAGCUUGUAUAAUCAGCAUCACUAAUACAUAUGCACACAAGUCAUUUUGAACAGAAGAUAAAAUAUAGCUGUAUGUUACUGGACUAGUGGAGGAAACUCACACAAUGUGAGAACAUCAAACUGAGAACCACAGUGAUCCAAGACAGAAAUACUUUCCAUGUGCUGCCAUGGGCACCAUCUACCCCCAGCCUUCACUGCCUGCCUAUUCCUAGCCUUAAUUCAAGGAGUAAUACUUUUGUCAUUUUAUCAAUUACUUCACUUAUUUAUUUUGCCAAGGGGCAUCUUAUAAAAUACUGUUUUUGACUCAGACCUUGGUGCUGUAUUAAAGGUCCAUUUAACAGCAGAUCAAUGAAAUGACAGGUGCAUGUAAGUAAAAGCAGUUUUCUUAGGAAAGCAAAUGUCCUCUGUGUAUGGAAAUUUCUGAAAUUUAGGAAAUACAACUUCUGCCCUUCUGUUAUAAGGAAAUCGGCAUGAGUGGAAUUCUAUGCAGUGAAGGUAUACAGAAAUGUUGCUGAAUGUUUAAAGGGAUACUUCACAUUAAAGUCAACUUUUAGUA